AUGGCCACCUCUGCGUCCACCGCCCUGGACCCGCCAGUCUCGUCCGAGGCUGCACCGGCCAAGACCCAGCUCCCCGCAGCGUGGCACCUCGCGAGCGGUGCCGUGUCGGGCGCCGCGAGCGUCUUCAUGCUGCAACCUCUCGAUCUAAUCAAGACCCGCGUCCAGCAAGAUCCAGCUCCGCCCCGCGCCCGCAUCUGGACCACCGCAAAGGACGUCGUGCGCAACGACGGCGUGCGAGGCCUGUGGCGAGGGACCGUGCCGACCUUGUACCGCAACGUUCCCGGCGUCUCGCUCUACUUCCUGUCGCUGUCGCGGUUGCGCACCUUCAUGGGCAACACGACCCUCUUUCGACCAAAAGGCGCGCCGUUACCUGCGCCCGGCACCAAGGCCAAGUUGACGCCCGUCGGCGACCUCCUCGUCGGUAGCACGGCACGCACUGCGGUCGGCUUUGUCCUCACGCCCUUCACCCUCCUCAAAACCAUCUCGGAGUCGACCCUGUCGCUCCCCGCAUCAUCCACCUCGGGCCCUCGCACGCUCGUCAAGCCCUCGACUUUUACCGCGCUGCGCACCCUGUACGCCUCGGGCGGGAUCCGCUCGCUGUGGCGCGGCGCCGUCCCGACCGCGCUGCGCGACGCGCCCGGCGCAGGGCUCUUCAUCGUCUUCUACGAGCGCGGGAGGCGCAUCAUUGGCGUGGCGGGCGAUGGCGGAAAGGGCGCGAUCGGCGGUGGCGUCGCAGGUGCCGCCGCCUCUCUCGCGUCGACCCUCCUCACGACGCCGUUCGACGUCCUCAAGACGCGCCGCCAGCUGUCGCCCGACACGUACACGACGCUCGCCGGCUCGGCGGCGCGCAUCUUUCGCACGAGCGGCAUCCGCGGCUUCUGGGAGGGCGGCGCGCUCAGGGUGUGCCGCAAGGCUGGCAGCGCUGGCAUCGGCUGGGCCGUGUACGAGGCCUUUUUGGGCGUCGGCGAGGGGAGGAGGGCGGGUGCGAGCGCGGCCAAGGACAGGAGCGGCGGUGGCUAGAGGUAGAACGAGAAUUAUCUCUCUCUCUCUGCAUAUCACUCAUCGACUCG